GUUGGACCCGGCCACUGCCUUGUCGGCCAUCACCGCUGCCAUGGCGCUCCUGCGGGGAGUGUGGGGUGUGCUGAGGGACUUGGGAAAGUCUGGAGUAGAGCUGUGCUCCGGCUGUGGAAAUCGUCUGCGCUCACCCUUCAGUUUUGUGUAUUUUCCGAAGUGGUUUUCAUCCACCUUGGGUAGUUAUCCAAAGAAACCUAUGAGUUCAUACCUUCGAUUUUCUAAAGAACAGCUACCCAUAUUUAAAGCUCAGAACCCAGAUCUGAAAGUAUCAGAACUAAUUAGAAGAAUUGCGGAGCUAUGGAGGGAACUUCCUGAGUCACAGAAAAAAAUAUAUGAAGAUGCUUAUAAGGCAGACUGGCAGGCAUACAAAGAAGAGAUAAACGGAAUUCAGGAACAGCUAACUCCAAGUCAAAUGAUAUCUUUGGAAAAAGAAAUCAUGCAAAAACGUUUAAGAAAGAAAGCUUUAAUAAAAAAGAGAGAGUUAACAAUGCUUGGAAAACCAAAGAGACCUCGCUCAGCUUAUAACAUUUUUGUAUCUGGCUUCCAAGAAGUUAAGGAUGGUUCAUCGCAGGCAAAGCUGAAAUCUGUGAAUGAAACUUGGAAAAAUCUAUCUAAUUCUCAAAAGCAAGUAUAUAUUCAACUUGCUAAAGAUGAUAAAAUUCGUUAUGAUAAUGAAAUGAAAUCUUGGGAAGAACAAAUGAUUGAAGUUGGACGAAGUAAUCUUAUACAUCGCAAAAUGAAGAGCCAAACAAAAGAUGGCAUUGAGGAGGAGUGUUAA